CGCGACAAGCGCGGCGCGGGCGGCGGUCCAUGGCCCCGACGGGAGGCGCGCCGCCCGCACCCGCAGCUCGGCGUCCGGCCUGAGCGAACCGCGCCGCGCGGCCACCCGGUCCUCAGCUUGGGCUUGGCUUGCAGAUCUUCUUCAUGGAAGCGAUGUCUCCGCAGCAGGAUGCUCUAGGGGCGCAGCCGGGGCGCUCCUCCUCGCUGACAGGCAUGUCUCGCAUCGCGGGAGGCCCUGGUACCAAGAAGAAAAUGAAAACACUGGCAGAAAGGAGGAGAAGCGCCCCGUCCCUCAUCCUAGACAAAGCCUUACAGAAGCGGCCAAGCACCAGAGACAGCCAUUCUGCCAGCAUUGACACGUGUGCAUUCUUGUCAUCGUUCAUGUGCUCCAGUAGGACUCUGCUGAUUGACGGUCCAGUGGAACUUAAAAGAGGCCUGCAGAGGCAGGAGAGGCAUCUUUUCCUAUUCAACGAUCUGUUUGUCUCGGCCAAAAUCAAAUAUAACAACAAUUUUAAGAUAAAGAAUAAAAUAAAGCUGACGGACAUGUGGACAGCCAGCUGUGUGGACGAAGUAGGGGAAGGCAACACAAACGCUCUCAGGUCCUUUGUCCUGGGCUGGCCCACUGUGAACUUUGUGGCCACCUUCAGUUCUCCGGAACAAAAGGACAAAUGGCUCUCUCUCCUUCAGAGAUACAUCGCUCUAGAAAAGGAGAAGGACUACCCAAAGAGCAUCCCCCUCAAAAUCUUCGCCAAGGACAUUGGGAAUUGUGCCUAUUUUAAAACUAUAACUGUAAUGAAUUCAGACACAGCAAAUGAAGUUAUCAACAUGUCACUACAGAUGUUGGGGAUAACUGGCUCUGAGAGAGAUUACCAACUGUGGGUAAAUUCUGGAAAAGAAGCGGCACCAUACCCACUCAUUGGACAUGAGUAUCCUUAUGGAAUUAAAAUGAGCCAUCUCCGAGACACUGCCCUUCUGACACAGGGAUCAAAAGACUCCGCCAGCCCGUCUCAGCUCCAGGAGCCUUUCCUCAUGGAGCAGCUGCCCCGGGAGAUGCAGUGCCAGUUCAUCCUGAAGCCUACCCGCCUGGCCACCGCCCAGCAACUGAGCGAUUCCGGCCAGAAGACAUUUAAAAGGAGGCGCUCUAUCAUCAACUGGGCUUUUUGGCGGGGUUCUAGCACACACCUGGACAACCUGCCCAUGUCGCCAACAUCCCCUAUGCCAGGACAGCUCUUUGGAGUUUCUUUGCCAGAUAUUUGUGAGAACGACAAUCUGCCAAAGCCUAUCUUGGAUAUGCUUUCCUUUCUUAACCAAAAAGGCCCCCUCACAAAAGGCAUCUUCAGGCAGUCGGCCAACAUGAAAUCCUGCAGAGAGCUAAAGGAGAAACUGAAUUCUGGAAUUGAAGUCCACCUUGACUGUGAAUCCGUCUUUGUGAUAGCAUCUGUGUUGAAGGAUUUUCUGAGAAAUAUCCCAGAAAGUAUCUUUUCAUCAGAUCUGUACGAUCACUGGGUUUGUGUAAUGGAUCAAGGAAAUGAUGAAGAAAAAAUAAAUACAAUUCAAAGGCUAUUAGGUCAGCUUCCCAGAGCCAAUGUUGUUUUCCUAAGGUAUCUGUUUGGGGUGUUACACAACAUUGAACAGCAUUCCUUGUCUAACCAGAUGACUGCGUUUAACUUAGCAGUGUGUAUCGCUCCAAGCGUUCUUUGGCCUCCUGCUUCCUCCAGUCCAGAGCUAGAAAAUGAGUUUACAAAAAAGGUUUCUCUUCUUAUACAAUUUCUGAUUGAAAACUGCUGUAAGGUAUUUGGAGAAGAAAUCACUUCUCUCUUGGGGGAGCUUUCUGAGAGAAGCAACAGAGAACACACCCCAGAUAUGUCUUGCUUCCAAAUGAACGACUCCUCCUAUGACAGCUUGGAAAACGAGCUCAAUGAGGAUGCUGAUGCGCCCUGCAGUGACCUGGUCAAAAAACUGGGCCAGGGUAGCAGGAGCAUGGACUCUGUCUUAACCCUCAGUGACUAUGAUCUUGAACAGCCUGAGGUAGAAGGCCUUUUAACCCUGAGCAACUUUGACUUAGAUCAGUCUAAAGAUGAACAUAUUCAAAUAAAACAACCUCUGGAGCCCAAACCCCUGAAUGUUUUCGUAGCCUACAGGAAGGCUUCUCUGGGGGAGCGUGCUAGGGCCCCAGCUGGCCCAGGGACACCCAGCUGCCUGUCUGCAGCUACAGCAGAUGCCCCAAAAGUCCUGCGGCGGCACCGGCGUUCCUCAGAACCCAGCAUUGACUAUCUAGACACAAAGCUUUCCUAUCUCCGGGAGUUUUACCAGAAAAAGCUACGCAAGUCCAGCUGUGAUGCUGUACUCUCUAGAAAGGAUGAAGAUUACCUGAAGCAGACCCAGCCUCAGAAGAAAGGUGACAAGAUGUAUUUUAAACAGAGUUCAGUGACAGGCACUGACGUCAGCAAGGGAAACACAACUAAUGAAAACAUUAAGAAGAAAAGCUUGUCUGGUCAUGAAGGAAACCAAGUGACACCUUUUACUAAGUCCAAGCCGGUGGCCAUUUCUGUGGCACCUUACAGCCACAUGUCCUCCCAGGAUCGUUCCAGGAAGCAACCGUUCGACGCAGACACAUGCAGGUUCUCCCCACCACACAUAGCAGACUCCCAGAAGAGCUCAAGGGUACAUCAUCGGCGCUGUUCCGAACCCAGCAUAGAUGACCAGAACUACAAGCUAUCCUAUCUCAGGGGGAUCUAUUCAAAGAAACAAACUAAAACUGGCUGUGAGACUGGCCUCUUGCAUGGGGAAGAGGAUUAUCUCAAAAGGCAUAAGUCUUUGCAAAUCGAGGGGCAAAAGCUCAUUAAUCAGAGUUUGGUCAUGGGCAUUGAGGUUGGCAAGAGCAGCGGCACACACCAAAGCACUGAGAAGGUUUUGCCCCCAAGACUAAACCUUUGCCCGAGGGCUAGCUAUUCAAGCUUAUCCUCACCAGGCACGUCCCCGUCGGGCUCCUCCGUAAGCUCCCAGGACAGCGCUUUCUCUCAGAUCUCUGAACACUCCGUGUUUACCCCCACUGAAACUUCCUCUCCAAUAGAUUGCACUUUUCAGGCUCCGAGAAAACAGGAAGAGCUUUCUUCAGACUUUGACAGUCCCAGCCUCAUUUCUGGAAUGCCUGGUCCCUCCUCGGGACAGUCCAGCAGCCACCUAGCUUAUUUAAGAAAGGGUAGCACAGAGCAGCCGGCACAAAUGCAUUCUGUAACUCUUCACCCCAGUGCAUGGUUGAGAAGUGGUUUGGUCACUUUAAAAAACUGGUCCCUCAAAAAGAAAACAAAAGCAGUCAGACCAGAAGACAGGAAAGUCUGUUCCCUAAAAGAACCUCUGGAGUUACCUCCGUGUGCUUCAGGUACCCCAGAGGCUGACUCUCUACCAGAGAGUCAGGCUGACAUACACCUCCAGGUAGAGGAAGGACCUGGACAGACAGUCUGUGGGUUCAGUUCCUGUCAGGACUCAGGACAACACGCCAGCUCUCCAUUCCGCCUGGUGGAAAGCAGGCUCAAGCCUUGUAGGAAGUUGCAGGAGGGAGAAGAGACUGGAGGGCAGUGCCCUUGUGAGGACCCUCGGGAAGGAGCCUCUUCAAGUCUGGAGACUGCGGAGGAUACGGCCAACCCAGGUGCAGAAGCUACGACCGACUGUUUGUGAUGACGGGGGCAGACAUUUAACCAAAGACCCUUACCUACAAUAAGCAUCUGACAUCAAAAUAAUCCAAUGUCUUUAAGAACAGGAACUGGGCCAAUAAAAACACAGACAGUGAUUAGAUAACCCUAUUUAUAUGUUCUACCUGGGGGUAGGUAGCACAAGGACAAUCAUUGCUAAUACAGCAGUUUCUUUGUUGAGAUUACGUGGCAAAACUUUGAUGAGAUUUUCAGACACUGACAGAAGGGUGGAGGAGGUGUCCUCUGUAGAAGAUGCCUGCUCAUAGGAGCAGUCUGAGAGUUCAGGUGUCUUGAGAGGACCAGAGUACCUUAAAUGCAGCAUCAGUGACACAUAGAUGCAAGUGGCAGAGAGAAGCCAUCUUUGCGUCAUGGAAAAAGUAAGGAGGCAAGAAGAGGGGCCACGGAGCCGCUCAGAAAAGCAUGUGCGUUCACUAAGGAAAUCAUGGAAAACCUGUCCCUAAAGCCAAGUCAGUGGCCAUUUCUGUGGCUGUUCUUAGUCACGUGUCUUCACUGGGUCAUUUUAGGGACCAGCUCGUUGAUAAAUACAGAGUAGAGAAAACUAGUGGGUAAAGAGCCAUGGGUGCCAGGACAGCACGGCCUGUAAUUGGACAGCUCGGUUGGUGUUUUGUUGUUGUUUUCCUGUUAGGGUUGAGUGCAUUCACAUACACCUUUCUGAAAUGGAGACACAAGGAAGGAAGGGUUUGCCCAUUUUAGUGUCCUACCCACAGUCCCUAUGCAGCAAACCUGUGUUCCAGUAGUGUAAUGUAUGCCUACAUAAAGGAACCUGCUGACAGCAUGCACUCUCAUAGUGCAGAAGAAUAGCCACAAGAAUUAGAUUAAUCUCAAGGUCCAUUUUCUCUGGCUGACUAGUCUCAGAGGCAAGACUUCAGAGAAACAAGGGAUGCUGGAGUUGGUACCAACAUCCAUCCAUGUGCUUGUGCUAUGAUGCUGUUAGUAAGCAAAUGUGUGCAGAGAUGUAUCCAGAUCAGGAAGCUGGGUCCUGUAAUACCCAGGUUAUCACAGAAAAUGGCCGCUGGCUUAGACUUAGUGGCCACUUACUGUGUGAAACUUCUCUCUGCAAGUCACACUUUUCUCAUUUUGAAAAAGGGCAGUUUCCUGCAACAGCAUUCCCAUCUUGGUUUUCCACCAGAAGUAUUAUCAAUAUGGUGUCUCUGUGGAAAUGUUUCACUGCGGCCCUGCUUGUUAGAUUACAGUCAGCCAAGAGGAGACAAGGGACAGCAGUUAAUUAUUCUUUCAUUCUACAGAUUGUUAUUGAUUACAGAUUGGCAGACGGUGAGAGAUUAUUGAGUAGAACACCCGAUGAAGUUGCUGUUGGGCUGUCUCUGAUGGCCACUGCCUUUCGAUUUUCUUGGUGAAGUUCUCCACUUUUUCCAAAUGAUUUGUAGUUUAUAAAUAUGAAAGUUUAGACCCCUUCAGUUCAUCAUAGACCUUUGUACUCUCUCUACCUUCAAGGCUAUAUCAGUAUGUCUCCUUCCCCGGCCAGAAUGAAAUGGAAGGAUACACCCUAAGGUAGAUGCACAUCUUCCUUCAUUUGAGAUACUCACCUAUUAGAAGGUCCUAGUCUAUGUGAUCUCUUGAAUCCCUGGUUUUUUGUUUUUUUUUUAAAUUCCACUCAAAAAUUCGCUUAUCCCAAAUUAUUAUUCCUAUCAUUCGCAAGGAAACCUGUGACAGAUGUCCCCUUUUCCUAAACAUGACAUUGUCGGUUAUAGGAUAAGGACUUAUCUUCAGUAGUAAAUAUUGAAGUGCCACCUACCUCUCGGGCAUGGCCCUGUUUGCCCUAAUCAUAAUUAACUUUCAACCUCUGUGUCCAAAGAGCUCCUUCAUGACAGUUGGCAA